AUGCCGGUCUUCACUGAAACUUCCUCGUCAUCUCGGGACUUGAGAGUCCUGCCAUCAUUUGCACCACCACUUCCUCGACUGGCAGCCCCAUUCGAGCGCAAUGAUAAAAAUGAAGAGAAAUACGAAGUAAUUGUUGUCGGCGCUGGACCAGCAGGCCUAAUGCUAAGCCUGCUCCUCUCCCGCUAUGGCCUUAGCGAUACAUCCCUCCUCUGUAUCGACGCAAAGCCAAGCACUCUGAAAUCUGGCCAAGCAGACGGCGUGCAGCCCCGCACGCUGGAGGUCUUCAAAUCACUCGGUAUCUCAACCGAGAUCGAGGAAGAAGGGUGCCAGAUGUGGCAAUUCGCAUUCUGGAACCCGUCUUCUGACCCAAACAAGGUAAUUGAGCGCACAUCCGUCGUGCCAGAAGUCAUUCCCCCAGCGCGGUUCCGGUACGAGGCUACCAUCCACCAGGGGCGGAUCGAGCGCAUUAUGGAGACCGAUCUGCUGCGGUACUCCGAGCGGGGAAUUGUGCGGGACACGAAAGUUGUGGAUGUCAAAAUUGACGAAGAAGGUGACGCUGAGUUCCCAGUGCUUAUAACUAUGGCUACGAAUGGUGUUGAGAAGACAGUGCGCACGAAGCAUCUUGUUGGCGCGGAUGGAGCGCAUUCGGUUGUCCGGCAGUGUAUGGGCCUACGGCUGGAAGGAGAGUCAUUGGAUCAUAUCUGGGGUGUGGUUGAUAUGGUUGCUGAGACCGAUUUCCCGGAUAUUCGUCGCCGCUGCGGUAUUCAUUCCCCUGCUGGCUCCGUUAUGAUUAUCCCCAGAGAGAGAAUCUCCACGGGCGAAUACCUCACUCGGCUUUAUGUUCAGGUUCCUGGGGACGUGGCUCCGGAGAGUGACCAAAUUCCGAAUGGAGCAGAGAGCAUUAAGUCUGAGGAUGCUCGGCAGCGAAGAAGUAAGAUUACCCUCGAGGGGAUUUUGAAACAAGCUGCCGACGCGAUCAAACCGUACUCUCUCCGACCCAAGGAGAAUGCCGUCGACUGGUGGGCUGCUUAUCAAAUUGGCCAGCGUGUCUCUCCUGAGUUUAUUGUCAAUGAUUCAAAGGGGAUUGCAAGGGUUUUCAUUGCUGGAGACGUCCGAAAGCAAGUCUCCGCUGGCCAAGGCAUGAACGUCUCAAUGAUGGACUCCUACAACCUAGCCUGGAAGCUCAUGUAUCAAAUUAACGGGCUUGCACCAGAACCAGCAGGACCCAACAGUCCAUCCCCAUUACUCGAUACAUACCAGACAGAGCGCCACGAAAUAGCCCAACAGCUCAUCGACUUCGACCGGAAAUUCUCUACCAUGUUCUCAGGCCAAAUGGGCGCAACUGAAGGACUGACAGAAGAAGAGUUCCAGCAAGCCUUCAAGCUCGGCAAUGGGUUUACCAGCGGCUGUGGCGUGGAAUACCCAGAGAACAUGUUGGUUAUUCGCGAUGAGCUAGACGAUAUCAAGAGCAAAGGUCCAAAUCCUGUCACAGGAACGGACUAUAUCUCCGGUAUCCUGAGACCAGGUCGGAGAUUGCUCAAUGUCCGAUUGCUGCGGCAUGCUGAUGGGUGGGAGCGGGAUAUUCAUGACGAUAUGCUCUCCACUGGCCGAUUCCGAAUCAUGUGUCUCACAUCGACCGACCUUCUUGAUCGAAACAGUAUCUCUGCAAAGGCACUGGAAGCAGUCACUCUGCUAGAAGCGCAGUUCCCCAAGUCGAUUAUUGAGCAGAUUAUUCUGCAUCCCCGGUUGCAUCGGUCCUUUGAGUGGGACGACGUGCCGACGUGUGUGAAGCAGCAGGCCGAGAUGCGCUUCUAUGAUGGGUCAGCUUUGGAUGAUGCGUAUAGUAUCUAUGGUGUAGAUCCGGCGCAGGGAGCAUUGGUAGUGGUUAGACCUGAUGGGUAUGUUGGUAUUGUUGCUUGUCUUAGUGACGUGCAGAGGGUGGGCAGAUAUCUAAAGCAGUGCAUUCGGACUGUCUCUCAUAACUAG